GUUUUUCCAUUCUGUCUGUGCUCCAUAAGCAAAAUCCUUUAAGAAACCUAUCUGGGUAUUUCUUCUUUUCUGCGGAUUCACCGAGGGUUUGAUAAAGUUUUGGUCUUGAUUCAUCAAUGGAAAUGAAUGGUCAUUGGGAAGCAGAGCAGGUGGAGAAGAAACCCAAGACGAAGAUUGUCUGCACUCUGGGUCCUGCAUCCAGGUCAGUGUCCAUAAUCGAGAAGCUUCUGAGGGCCGGCAUGAACGUCGCUCGAUUCAACUUCUCUCAUGGAUCUCACGAAUAUCACCAAGAAACCAUUGACAAUCUCAGGGCCGCCAUGCUCAACACCGGUAUUCUCUGUGCCGUCAUGCUUGACACAAAGGGCCCAGAGAUUCGAACUGGGUUCUUAAAAGAUGGGAAAGUUCAACUAACACUGGGUCAAGAAAUCACCAUAACUACCGACUAUAGCAUAAAGGGCGAUGAGAAAAUGAUAAGCAUGAGCUAUAAAAGGUUGCCUGAGGAUGUCAAGCCAGGGAUGGUUAUACUUUGUUCAGAUGGCACAAUCUCAUUUAAGGUCCUAUCUUGUGACAAAGAGAAUGGUUUGGUUCACUGUCGUUGUGAGAACUCUGCAGUUCUUGGUGAGAGGAAGAAUGUUAAUCUUCCUGGGGUUGUUGUGGCCCUUCCAACCUUAACAGAUAAGGACAAGGAAGAUAUCUUGAAGUGGGGGAUACCCAACCAAAUUGACAUGAUAGCCUUGUCAUUUGUUCGAAAAGGCUCAGACUUGGUGGAGGUCCGGAAGCUGCUUGGAUCACAUGCUAAGAACAUUCUUCUCAUGUCAAAGGUUGAAAAUCAGGAAGGAGUGGCAAAUUUUGACGACAUCCUAGCGAAUUCAGAUGCAUUUAUGGUGGCAAGAGGUGACCUUGGAAUGGAGAUUCCAAUUGAAAAGAUAUUUCUAGCACAGAAAGUGAUGAUAUACAAGUGCAACAUUCAGGGAAAACCUGUUGUCACAGCCACACAGAUGUUGGAGUCCAUGAUUAAGUCACCUCGGCCAACUAGGGCUGAAGCCACUGAUGUUGCUAAUGCUGUUAUUGACGGUACAGACUGUGUCAUGCUAAGUGGUGAAACUGCUGCUGGAGCUUAUCCAGAGCUUGCAGUCCAGACCAUGGCAAAAAUCUGUGUGGAAGCCGAAAGCACACUUGAUUAUGGAGAUGUCUUCAAAAGGAUCAUGGAACACUCACCAGUGCCCAUGAGUCCAUUGGAGAGCCUGGCUUCAUCUGCUGUUAGAACAGCCAACUCGGCAAGAGCAGCUCUUAUAUUGGUCCUAACCCGGGGAGGAAGUACCGCAAAACUGGUGGCUAAAUACAGGCCCGGCAAGCCUAUUUUGUCAGUGGUUGUCCCCGAGAUCAAGACUGAUUCUUUUGAUUGGUCUUGCAGUGAUGAAACCCCUGCAAGGCACAGCCUCAUUUUUCGAGGUUUGGUCCCACUGUUAUAUGCAGGUUCUGCCAGAGCUUCUCAUGAAGAGACUACAGAAGAAGCAUUGGACUUUGCCAUUCAGCAUGCCAAGGCAAAGGGAAUGUGCAAGAAAGGAGAUUCUGUUGUUGCUCUGCACCGUAUUGGAACUGCAUCAGUAAUCAAGAUCUUGACCGUGAACUGAGAUUGUCACGAAGAGUGAACUUUUUUGCUGGAGCCAAUGCUGAUUGUGAGAAUCAGCAACGUUUUGUUCUACUUUUUCUUGAGUCCAACAAACUCGAUUUUUCAAUAAUUUUGUUUUUGAUGACAGACUAAAUUUGGGUUUAAACAGUGACUCUUGAUACACAUUAUUAUGUUAUGUAACCAAGACUUUGUUGGUGAAUUUUAGUUGUGUUCUCGCUUCUCCAAAGCGAUUUGGGCAGGAGUUGUAUGCUUCAUUUUUUUGAUUGGUAGAUGCCUCGGAAGUUUUAGGCUUCACAUCAUGAAAGAGCAAAAGAACCAUAGUUAAUAUAGUGAAGCUUUCCUG